UGGGUUGGGUUUAUGUAGAAAUACAUUAUAAUCAACUUUAAAAUAAUAGAUAACAACUAUUAUUAUUGAAAAUCAUGACAGAAUUUUUUCAGUAGAAUUUUGGUGCAAUAUUUUCAUUGCUUAAUAGUUUCCUUUACAGUAUUCGUAAAUUAUUAAUCUUAAAUAUAUAAUAGUUAUUAUUGUUACAUCAUUAUAUCAUGGUCAAUUGUUGUGCUAUUGCUUCUUGUCGUAAUAUAACUACUAAAGAGAAAAGUAUGAUGUUACACAGGAUAUCUUAUGAUAAAAUUAUAUGUGAUUUAUGGAUAAAAGCUAUUCAAUCCCGACAACCAAGUUUUUGUGACACAAAAAAAUCCUGUGUUUGUAGCCAUCACUUUGUUGAGAGUGAUUACAAUGUUCAACAUCAAUUAAAAAUAUUAAUAUCCUUUGAGUCUGAAGGAGGGAGCCCAAUAGCUCAUUGUACUGGUGAGGAAGACUCAAUCUGUGAACCAUCUAUUUCAGUUGAACAUAUAACCUUGGAAUCAUUAAUAAAACGGUCAAAUUUUUAAACGGAGAAUAAUUUUACUAACACUCCAGAAAAACAACCUGUUCUAAAAGAGACGAUAUAUGGAUGACUUUAGUUUUGAUGACAUAAGUAAUCUUAGAAAAAAAGAGGAAAUUCUGGAGAAUCACUCAAAGCUACUACAAAUUCAAUUAAAUAAAGUUGAAGAAAUUAAGAAGUGGAAAAAAACGUUUUCUCAAUAAAAUUAAUACAAUGAGAUAACUAAUUGAUGAUCUUAAAGAAAAAUAAAAUUUCAAGAACUUGUUACACAUUUUUAUAG